UUAAUAAAUAAAUAAAUGGAAGAGAGUGACUGUGAGGCUGGCCUACCGUACCAACACAAGGAAGAUAAAUGCAGAGAGGAAGCAAGAAAAGUAGGGUGUCUGCUUCACAAUAACUCUGUAAGAAAUUUCAUCACAUACAACUUCUCAUUUCUGCUCCGCAAUACAAAUCUCAAUACACUAGUCUUUCUUGGCCAUCUUGGAACUAACGCGAAAUUGCCAAAUCUUACGUUUUUGGCAGAUAUGGAGAAAGAAGAGAGGACCAUCCCCAGGAUACUGAAACCGCCGGCGGAAACCGAGUUUUUCUUGCAGUGGGGAAGCAGAAAGCGGCUGAGAUGUGUGAGAGUUAGAGGUCAUAAUCCGGCAGAAGUUUCUUCUUCCUCUAGAAUACGCCGCAGAAUCACCUCCCGAUUUCUCACCCUUUCUCAGAAAGAUGCUUGUUUUUCUCAACCUUCCUCCCGUUACACAAGGAAUUCAGAGGCAGUAACGCAUAGAUCGGAAAGCCGGAAGUCAUCAUCGGGUUCUUUGGAGAAGGAGGAGAGAUGCUACACGACAAGAGGAGGGGAAGAGAAUGGGAAGAUUACAGUGGAGAGGGAUGCAGGGAAUGAAGUUGGGGAUGAGGAGAAUCCCCAUAAGCAUAACAACAAUAAUAAUAAUAAUAAGAAGAAGAAGGGUGAUGUGAUGAGUGGUGUUAUCAAGAAAAUUGUAUGGCCAAAGGUGUGUAUUGGUCUGUCAAGCAAAGAGAAAGAGGAAGAUUUCAUGGCCAUGAAAGGUUGCAAGCUUCCCCAGCGGCCAAAGAAAAGAGCCAAACUCAUACAGAGAACAUUGCUGCUGGUGAGUCCUGGGGCAUGGCUGACCGAUAUGUCUUUGGAGAGGUAUGAAGUGAGGGAAAAGAAGAGUUGCAAGAAGAAAUUAGCGAGAGGGCUGAAGGGAAUGGGGAGCAUAGAGAGCGAUUCAGACUGACUGAGAGAGAGUUUCCUUUCCGGGUUUGCUUUUUUAACUGGUACUUGCAUAUAUUUUUGGCAUGUCUGCUCUGGUGUACAAACUUGAAAUGAUGAAGGAUUGUUUAGAAAGUGAAUGAUUAUUAUUAUUAUUAUA